UUUUCGCUGGAGGGUAGCUUGGCUUCGCUAGCCGUCCAUUCUCAGAAGCAUCGUCGUCGUCCUGCUCACGAUCUUCCUGCCUGCGUCUAUAAAUAACGAGGAGGAAGGGAAUAGAGUUAGAUGGGAGGGCUGUGGAGCAGCAGCAGCAGCAGCAGCGGCGGCGUUUCGAAAGAGGAGAGGGAGAUGGCGCUCGCCAAGGCCAAGGAACUCGUCUCUUCCAAUCCCGUCAUGGUCUUCAGCAAGUCGUACUGUUCAUUCUGCACGCGGGUUAAGCAGUUGCUUUCCCAGUUAGGUGCCAAUUAUAAAGUGAUUGAGCUGGAUGUGGAAAGUGAUGGGUCUGAGAUACAGUCAGCACUGGCAGAGUGGACUGCACAGAGGACAGUUCCCAAUGUUUUUAUUGGUGGAAAUCAUAUUGGUGGUUGCGACAGUGUUAUGGGGAGGCACAAUGGAGGUAAGCUGGUACCCCUGCUAACUGAAGCUGGUGCUCUUGCUGGUCCUGCAGCAUAGAUGGUCAUGGUUAGGUGCAGAAGGGAAAAGUAAGGAAUCAGUCCUAUCUUGUCAUAUAAUUAUGUUAAAAAGAGAGUUAAUAUCAGCUGUGAAUCAGUAAUAAGGAAUCAGUCCUGUCUUAUCAUAUAAUUAUGUUAAACUGUGGCUAGCUGUUCACUGUUACUGGCAUGCCUUUCCUCGCUUGUCUCGGUAGUUUGAACUUUAAUAUGCAGCUGAUAUUUGAAUGUUGAUCUCAUGUUUGUUUUUGAAGCAAUGCCGAUUU